UUCGUCUCAUUUUGUAACGAACUUGAGUGCUGAAAGGUUGUCUGCUGCAGAGUCAGCUGUUUAAUUUUGUGAUAGGUGUGUGUGUAACAGGUUUAAUUUUGGUGUGAUGGCGGGAGCUUCCUUUUGGGCUAGUGCAGAAUUAUUCGUAUAUUAAAGGUGCACUUAAAAUAUUGAUCGAUUGUGCCAGCACGGCGAGUAUAGACUCUAGCAGCCCUUGUCAAAGACAGGAUGUCGUUUGAUUUCUGUGCGGCCGUCUUCGCUUUGGGAUUCAUUCUCGCCUUCGUGUCCUGGUGUUUAUACAUUCGCUUUUCACCUUUCCACGUAUUGGUGAAUCGGAUCCCGGGUCCCAAAUUUCAUCUGCCCUUACUAGGAAAUUCAUUGGAGUUAGCUGGAGGGCUAGACAAUGUACUUCACAUGUUUCAAGAGAAAUGGCCAGAAAAAUACGGGGAAGUCUACCGCAUAUUUCUCGGAAACCACUGCUACGUUGUUAUUUCCACACCCGAGUUACUAGAGACGAUUUUGAGCAGCCAGAAGAUCAUCGACAAAGGCUCGUCUUAUGUCAACCUAGUUCCCUGGUUGGGACUGGGACUACUCGUUAGCUCCGGUGAUUUGUGGCGAUCGCGACGGAAGUUGCUGACGCCAGCCUUUCACUUUUCGAUUUUGAAUAGCUUCGUUGAAGUAUUUAACGAGCAGAGUCGCAUCCUCUGUGGAAUUAUUGAAGACAUUUGUCAAUCGUUUGCGGAUGGAAAAAGCGAAAUGGACGUGUAUCCAUUAAUUACACGAUGUUCACUGGAUAUUAUCUGUGAGGCUUCCAUGGGAACAACAAUCAAUGCUCAAACUAAGGAUUCUGAAUACGUACGGGCAGUUUACAGAAUUGGUCAGGUAAUUGUGCAGCAAUUCCAGCAACCGUGGUUAGAAAUUCCGUGGAUUUUUUCGGUUUCCGCGUUGGGCAGAGAACACAAUCGAUUGUUGAAAAUUCUCCAUGGAUUCACUGAAGACGUGAUUCACAAAAGACGGGAAGCCUUGAAUAAAAAAGGAAAUAAGAAAACCGGAGAAAUUGAAACGGGGAUGAGAAAUCGUUUGCCGCUUCUCGACUUGCUGAUCAAGACCUCUGAUGACGGGAAGGUCCUCUCAAAUCAGGACAUCCGGAAUGAAAUUGAUACUUUCAUGUUUGAGGGUCACGACACAGUCUCUUCUCUGAUGGGUUGGUUUCUGUACUGCAUGGCAACAAAUACAGAUUGCCAGGAUAAAGUACGGACCGAACUAGACGAUCUAUUUGGUGACUCAGAAAGAGAUUGCUCAGAAGAGGAUAUUCCCAACUUGAAGUAUCUUGAAUGCUGCAUUAAAGAAACGUUGCGCUUGUAUCCCAGCGUCCCUUUAUUUGAUAGGACAAUUUUAGAAGAUGUUCAGAUUGGUAAAUAUUUAAUUCCUGCCGGUUGCACGGUAGCGUGUCCAACUUUUGCAACGCAUCGAAAUCCAAAAACAUUUCCGGAUCCGUUGGUUUUCAACCCCGAACGUUUUUUCCCGGACGAGGCUGUUGGCCGGCAUCCGUAUGCGUACAUCCCGUUCAGUGCUGGACCCCGCAACUGCAUCGGACAAAGAUUUGCCAUGUUGGAAACCAAAGUCGUGCUGUCAACGCUCCUUCGCCGUUUCAAAUUCGAGGUCUCAGCCAACACCAAGCCACCGAUUAGAUCAACUCAACUCAUCUUGAAGUCGAUGAACGGCAUCAAUUUAGUUGUCUCUCGUCGUUGAAAGCGUUUGUGAUCUGCGCGACAUAUUGCGGGGGCGAUUUAAAUUGUGAAUUAAUAACACGGUAUUGGCAAAACUGUUUUCCGUACUUUAAGCACUCGUGAAGUGUAAUUGGCAAACUUCCACAA